UAUGGCUCUGUGAAUUUUAGGGCCUUGCACUAAAAAUAUUUUCUCUAAAUCUUUAAACAACGGAAGAUGGCAGCUAAAAAAGCAGCCAUCAUUGCCAUGUUUGCCACCCUCGUGGUGGCAGGGGUGGUGGCUGCGACGGUAAUCAUUGUCCAGAAGAAAAACAAGGACAGCAAUAAUAUAAAUCCAUCACAGAAAGCCAUUGUGGAUCUCUGUCAAAACACUUACUACCAGCAAACCUGCAUCAACAGCCUCUCAAAAGCCACAAUCUCCUCUGACACCAAAGACCUCAUCAGAACUAGUUUCCGGACGGCCAUGGAGGAGCUUGGCAAUGUGAUCAAGCAAUCAGCUACCCUUCAGGAAGCCUCCAAGAAUCCUGAGACGGCUGAAGCCUACCGAACCUGUCAAAAGCUCCUGAAUGAUUCCAUCCUCGAUCUCCAGAAAACGUUGGAGAGGACUGAAUCUGUUGACAUUUCCAACUUGAAUUUGUUAAUAGACGACAUCAAGACCUGGCUCACGGGUGCCUUGACGUACCAAGAAACGUGCCUGGAUUGCUUUGAGGAUGCUGAAGGAGACGCUGCCGAAAAAAUGAUGGAAUUUAUGAAACUGGGGAAGGAGCUCACAAUCAAUGGCCUAGCCCUGGCCAACGGAUUCUCCGAUUUGCUGCUACCAAAUGAUCAUGGUGCUGGCAGGCGGCUACUGGCCGAUAGCAAUAAGAUGGGUUUAAUCAACAAGGCGGAUUAUAUAGGUGAACAUUGGCUUAAUUAUGCUACAAGAACUCGUAGGCUCCUCUACGCCGCUCCUGGAGACAUUAAACCACAUGUUACAGUGGCCAAAGAUGGGUCAGGCAAUUUCAUGACCAUAGGAGAAGCCUUGAAAAGUGUUCCUCUCAGUUGUAACGACACAUAUAUCAUUUACAUCAAGGCAGGCGUGUAUCAGGAGAACAUUAUUGUAGGCACCUCAAUGUGGUCUGUCAUGUUCAUAGGAGAUGGCCCAAAUGCAACCAAGAUUACUGGAAACAAAAGCAAAGUUGGGGGUACAGAAACAUUUUGGACUGCAACUGUUGGGGUUGAUGGGGACAAUUUCAUAGCCAAAGACAUUGGAUUCGAAAACAGUGCAGGCGCCAGCAUGCACCAAGCCGUAGCCCUCCGAGCAUCAGGCGACAAAUCAAUUUUUUUCAACUGCCAAAUAGACGGGUACCAGGACACCGUCUUCGCCCACAACCACCGCCAAUUUUUCCGUGACUGUACCAUUAGCGGCACCAUCGACUUCAUCUUUGGCAAUGCCAGGGCUGUGUUCCAGAACUGCACAUUAUUAGUCAGGAAGCCACUUGAAAACCAAAAGGCGUGCUUGGUGACAGCUGAGGGUCGUACCACGAUUAAUGAGACCUCAGCAAUCGUGCUCCAGAAUUGCCGUAUCCUGCCAGCUCCCGAGUACCCUGUCAACGACCCCACGUAUAAGACUUAUCUCGGCCGGCCCUGGAAACCGUAUUCCAGGACAGUUAUCAUGGAUUCUCAUCUGGAUUCUCUGGUCGAUCCCGAGGGCUGGGCACCCUGGAACGUGACGUCGGCCCACCUCGACACCUGCUGGUAUGCUGAGUUGAACAAUAAGGGCCCUGGUGCAGAUCUGUCACGCAGAGUUGCGUGGCCUGGAAUCAAGAAGAUCACGGUGAAUGAGGCUGACGAUUUUACGCCCGGACAAUUCAUGGUUGGUGACUCCUGGAUUGCUGGGAAAGGGAUACCAUAUGACUCCGGCCUGAUCCUACCGCUCUUAUAACAAUGCUAACUCCGUUUCAUACAUGCAGUUGUCCCCGUGGCCUUUCUGAUCAUUGGGAUUACUGCACUUGUCUUCGUUGUUUAUAUCUGACUUCAUUCAUAAGCUUAUCAGCGAACUCUUACCAGAGAAUUUUAGAAGAGAAGUUAGAGAGAGAGAGAGAGAAAUGAGAAUUCAUGUGAUUCGUCCCUUAACUGUCCCUUUUAUCCUUGCUUCUUUAUCAUCCAGUGAUAUAGUAGAUAAAAAGGAUUAAGUCAGACUCAGUACCAAGGGGAAAAUCAGGCUAGACCUAAAAUCAAUUGCACCAUACCUGUAAUGCAUUAAUCUCGAGCGUUCAGAGAAAACGAUGAUCAAAUGAAAAGUAUAUCAUAUUUACUAUGUUGUUGCUUGAAUUCGUCCAGAUCAAAU